GGCUGGGGUUAUUGCUCGGGUGUUGAGUGAAGCCGGUGUUCAUUGUCAGGAGUUCACAGGUGGAAAAUGGUCCAUAGAAGCGAAAUCCUGAAGCCCGUUUGGCAUGCGUUCGCCGCGCUGGAUGUGGGCCGGAAAGGAAAAGUGUCCAAGUCUCAGCUGAAGGUUCUGUCGCACAACCUGUACACGGUGCUGAAGAUUCCACAUCAAAACUCUGAGCUGGAGGAACAUUUCAAGGACGACGAUGAGGGACCCGUGUCCACGCAAGGCUACAUGCCCUAUCUGAACACCUUCAUCCUAGACAGGAUCCAGGGCAAGUUUGAUUUCCAGGAGCUGAAUAAAAUGUGCUGGACACUGUGCGCCCAUAAGAACAUCACCAACAACCGCAUGCUCAUCUCUGAAGAUGAUGCUUUCAAAGUCUGGUGUAUUUUCAACUUCCUGUGUGAAGAACGAUAUCCGCUUGUGAUCGUAAUGGAAGAGAUCGAAUAUUUCCUGAGGAAGCUGUUAGACGCCAUGAGCGGGAGCUGGAACGAGGGCAAGUUUGUGGACUAUAAGGCACAGUUGAGUUUGAAGCAGAAUUGUCUGAGUGUGUGGGAGCUGAUUGAGCUGGUGGGUAUGGGCUACUUCACCAAGGGCAUGGACCGCCAUACCACCAGCAUGGGCAUCACCGAGGUCUACCAGGAGCUCAUUCUGAAUAUUCUCAAACAGGGCUAUAUGAUAAAAAAAGGUCAUAAAAGGAAAAACUGGACAGAGCGGUGGUUUGAGCUGCGUCUCGAUUCAAUCUCGUACUACGUGAGUGAGGACCUCACUGAGAAGAAGGGCUCCGUUUCACUGGACCGCCACUGCUGUGUGGAGCCUUUACCGGACAAAGAAGGAAAGAGAAACCUCUUUAUCAUCAGAUGUACAGACAAAAGCUUCGAGAUCAGCGCCUCGGACAAAAAGAAACGGCAGGAGUGGAUCCAGGCCAUUCAGGACUGCAUUAACCGGCUGAGGCAGGGUCUGUCUACACCACACCGCGAGGCUCGACAGCGACGACGGGAACUGCGCAGCCGCCUGCAGGCAGACCAGGCGCUGAUGGAGGGACAGAUGAAGGAGCUGCAGCUAGCUAACGAGAGGAAACAGAGAGAGCUGGAAGCCAUGAGGAAGAACCUGGAGGAGGCGGCAGCGAGGGCUCUGAUGGAGGAGCAGAGAAGAAUUCGAACUCAAGGCGAGCUACAGAACCACUACAGAAUGGACCUGGAGAAAGAAAAGAUGGUGCGGCAGCAGAUGGAGGAGCAGGUGGAUCAGAUGUCGAGCGAGCUCAAGUUGUACCUGCAGCGUGUCCAGGAGUUGGAGGACAUGUACCGUCGCCUGGAGGAGGCGCUAGAGGACGAGAGACAGAUGAGACAGGCCGAGGAGAAUCUGCGCAAACUGCAGGCCAGGCUGUUGGAUGAGGAGGUGAGGAAGCGCACUGAGCUGGAGCAGAUUCACCUGCAGCAGCAACAAGCCAUCAGUCAGACGCAGCAGGAGAAAGAGCAGCUGGAGCAGCAGAGGUUGGAGCAGGAAUGCACCCUGCAGGCGGCAAUGCAGCAGCUGGAGAGUCUUGAACAGCAGAGACAGGGGGCGCUAGAGGAGUACGAGGCUGUGAAAAAGAAACUGGAGCAGGCGACGAACAAGACGAAGAGCUGGAAGGAUAAAGUGGCGCAGCAUGAAGGGUUAAUUCGGCUCAUCCAGCCAGGCAGCAAAGGUCCUCAGAAAAUGACCAACUGGGGUGCGGCGGCGUUCACGGACACGGAGCUGGAAAUGAGAGAGAAGAUUUGGCUCGAGAAAAAGAACAAACCAGACAGUGCCCUCUAAUCUGUUUUACAUGGUUGUCAUUUUUAAUACAAAUUCAUUAAAAGAGAACUGAAGGCAAAUUUUUAUCAUCAAAAUUCUAUUUCAUUAAAUAUAGGAAUGCAUUUCUGAUCGCUAUUUUGUCGCUGCUAUAGCAAGUUGAGUGUUUGAAAUAUAUUACAGAGCAUAUCAGUCCGUAUGUCAAAGCAAUGGCCCUAAACGAGAUUCGUUGUAGGACGAAAGUAAAACGUACGGCGGAAAUCAAAGUGACCGACAUCUGCCAACGUUGUCAAAAGACGUGCGCGCCCUCUUUCGAAUGCUGAUGUAAUCAAGCCGGAAGUUUUGUUUGGUUUGAUAGCGAUCAGGAAAGUUUGAAAAAAGUAGGCAGUAAUCGUCAUUUAAACUCGUUUUUGUGUAAUAUUUCAUUUGGAAAACAGUUUUCAAAAUGGCGGCACUGACACCUGGCUGACACUUCUUCACGUUUCGAAGUCUCGCACAAGUCUCGUGAAGAUGGCGCGGAUAAGCGACGCCUGCCGUGGACCAAACGAACUAAAUUCAACACGGCUACAAACCGAACAGGCCGAUAAGUAUAAUAUUUAAUUGCAAUUAGUUGCCAAUACAAGUCACGAUAUAAGGUUACUAAAACCGAAAACAUAAUUGAAUAACACGUUAAUUAAGAAAUAAAGCAAGUUUAAAAAUGACUUCAGUUCUCCUUUAACCCUGAUUUAUAUAUUACUGGGAUGGUUGUAUUUUUAAAAUAUUUCUAAUAAUCCAUUACACAGCAAUGUGUCUUACUGCCUAACAGCUCCAGGGUCCACUGUUCAAUCUGGAGUGCUUUUUUUUUUUUUUUGGUCUAUGUGUUGUUUUCCUUCCAUGUUCCAAAAACAUGCUGGUAGGCAAACUGGUGUCUCUAAACUGCCCUUAGUUGUGAAUGAGCGUGUGGGCAUGGUGUCCCCAGUGAACCAGCAUCCCCGUCCAGGAUGUAUUCUCACCUCAUCUUAUUUCACUCCCGGUGUUCCUGGGAUGGAUUCUACUGUGACUGUGCUUACUGAAGAUGAACGAAUGAACAAUCCAGUUCUCUCAAUGCACAAACAAUGAGUUACAGGUAGAAUAAACCAUACCUGAAGUGUAAUCAUAUCAAUUAUCACAUGAAAUAAGACUAAUGGGUUUGUGUCAUAAUUUUUUAAAAAUUAUAUUCAGGAAAUAAGAAACGUUUAAAAACAGUCACCGGCCACUUUUAAUAGGAACUUGUUCUUGGCUGGCAGGAGUGGAACCCAAUGCUGAGAUGCUUUUCUGCUCAACACGGUUGUAAAGAGUGAUUAUAUGAGUUCCUUCCUGGCAGCUCGAACCAAUCUGUCCAUUCUCCUUUGACCUCUCUUAUCAACAAGGCGUUUGUUUCCACCUACAGAACUGUCGCUCAGUGUUCUUUGCAGAGACUGUUGUGUGUGAAAACCCCAGGAGAUCAGCAGUUUCUGAAAUGCUCAAACCAACACCCAUGCAACAGUGAAAGAAAGGCACACUUUGAGAUCACAAAUUUUCCCAUUCUGAUGUUUGAACAUUAACUGAAGCUCUUGAUUUGUACCCACAUGAUUUUUUUUUACGCAUCGUGCUGUUGUCAAAGGAUCGGCUGAUUAGAGAACUGCAUAAAACAGCAGGUGGAUAGAUGGGUGUUCUUAAUAAAGUGGCCAGUGAGUGUGUAUUGCCAAGUGGAAAAUCCACACAUUUCUGAGAGUUCUUACACGUUAGGAAGAAUAGCUCGAUGUACUGGUUAUACAUGUGAAACUGUACAGUCUCAACCACUAGAUGUCACUCUCGUCCUAAUAAAACAUCCAAUCAUCCAAGAUGUUGCAGGAUCGUUCUCUAAACAUUGUCUCUGACACCGUGCAUGAUGAAAUAUAAGAUAAUCACGUACAGAUGGACUACAUUAGGCUCUUUGAUGCUGCACGCUGUCACUGUUCAGAUGAUUGUAGAGAUGUUCUCACACUGAUAAAAGCUCCAUGAUGAAAGGUUCUCUCUCGUGUACGUGUGUGUGUCAUGGAGCCACUCUCCAGAGCUUAGAAUAAACAAACACAGAAGAAUGAUGUCUGUUUUUUGACCCACUAAUUCUUCCGAGUUCUGUUCUUUUGCUUGACUUGCAGAUUUCCAGAACGUUCACAGCACUUUUCCUGAAGUUCUCACAAUAAAAUAAGCAUCAAAGAA